AUGAGUUGUCGUAAGAACGGCGGCUCUUGUGUCUUCCCCUCAGUUACCACUUCGCUCAAGUUCGUCGUGUCUGUGGCACCUACGGAACAUCUCAUCCCCUUUGAAGAAUCUAUCCCCACCUCCGCUUUCUUCCAUACCAGCGCAGAGGAUGUAGCUACUUUGUCCCUUGAGUCUGAUCCGGGCACACCCGACAGCGGCAGUGAUGGCCAUGGGGACUGUCAAGAUGAUACAACCGCCAAGCUGCUCGUUUCCCCAAUCAAGCUGCCCGCCCAACUUACCCUCUCGAAGCCCAUCUCGUCUGGUGGCAUUCACUGUAACAAUCCUGUCGAGUUAUCAUUGAUCCAGUACUAUGUAGAGGUCAUUGGGGCUUCCAAGGUGUUCUCUCAAACGGAUCAAAAUCUCUUCCUUACGUCUGUCAUGCCACGUAUUUUGAAUUCCCAAGGACCCCUCCAGUCCACCGUCCUGGCCAUGAGCGCAGGCGAGUGGCGAGACAAGCCCGUCGCUCAUGGACGGGCUGGGUUUGAACUCUCUGCAUACUACAAGUCUCGCGCCCUGGGCGAGCUCCAGCGCAGCCUCUGGGAGAACAAGUGCGCCGAGGAGAACUUGUUGACUUGCGUCUUGCUUGCGUCGCUCGACAUCAGUCACGGCUCACGAGCAACAUGGCUCAGGCACCUCCAUGGGGCCUUCGCCUUGCUUGAGAAGUUCUCGCCAACGAUUGAUCCAGAGGUGUCCACCUUUGCGCUCAAAUACUUUCGGUUCCGGUACACACUGCUGCAGACUACACACCCCAGGAUCAUCCCGGCGUGCUACAGUCUCACAGAUUCGGCGGCCAAUGAGAUGCAUGAGAUGACGCACUGGUUUAUGGACGAUCUGGGAGCGCCCAGUAGCAACAAUGCUAUUGAUGAGCACACUGGAUGCUCCUCUGUCAUUGCCGACAUCAUCGCUCAGAUAUCUACACUUGCAUUGCAGUCAAACGCCAACUCGAUUUCGCGAGAGAAGAUCCAGAAUGUCGCCCAUCAUCUCGAACACCGGCUGUCUGUGAUCGGCUCCACGCCGCCUGCUACUGACGACAUCUACCUCGCCAAUAGCGCUGAGUCAUUCCGUUACGCAGCCCACAUCUAUCUCCUCCUUGCGUGCUUCGACAUGCCCAUCAAACAUGCGUCUGUAAUUGACCUUCACCACAUAUUGAUGGACUAUCUCACUCUGAUCAUUGUAAAGGACCAGAAGAGGCGUCUGUUCCCCAUGUGGCCACUCUUCAUUGCGGGAUGCACCUGCUCCUGCGAUGAGCAGCGUAAGGCCGUCAUCGACCUCUUCACAAUCUUGGAGGAUCAAUGGCCUGUGAGUAACGUCUCAGCCGUCUGGUCGGUGCUAAGGACUAUCUGGCAGGCGAGAGACUUGUCCGUCGCCUGCCAGCCGACAACUAAACGCCUGGACUGGCAAGACAUUAUCCACCGCUUUGGAUGGAAGUUGUCACUCACUUAA